GUCGGAAGCAGCUCAGGCAUUCUCAUGCGAAAGAGUGGGCUUCCUUCAUUUGUUUGCGCAUGGUGUGGCCAGGGUAUUUGCUGACUUCGUUGGUAUCUAUUUCGUACUGAGAGGGAAGGGGUGCGCGUUAGAAUGGGGAGUGUGCGUGUGGCGCUGGCGUAUCAGCUGCAGCCAUUCUCUUCUCUUUUGGAUUUCGAAUACAUAGGUAGACGCAUGGCAAGAGAAGCCAGAAGUGCAUACAUGAAUUGGCGUUGGCUAUCAUUGCGUCGGCCUUGUUGUGUUUUAUUCUAUCUUUUCAGUAUCAAAAUCAAUAUCGAUAGGCUCUUCACUGGAUGGGUAGAGAGUGUCUUGGGUAUUGGCUGUCUGUGUUUCCUUGCAGAGCGUAGAGCAAGAGCCUUGCUCCUGCAUUUUGUAGCAUGAAAUAAUCAUGAAUUUGAAGGGUCACGCGUGUUUUAUGUUAUAGAAAUACUUCGUGGUAGUUGAGUAUUACAAUUGGCGAGCCGAUAGCUUUUGAGAACCUGCCCCUAUAAUUUGUCUAGAAAAUGAUUAGAUUUUGCCGAAGCUCCUCCCACUGGGAGCAGAAAUCAAUAGACUGAAAAGCUUUCAGUUUUUCUAGUGUAAAACGAUCAACAAACUGAAAAGCGACGCACGUCGGAAAGUUUAAGGAUCGCGGCUCUUCUUGUAUCAGGAGGGAACUACAUCAAAAAGGAUCCACAUGAUGAGGCGGCGUCAUAUUCUGCAACGGCCUACGAAUGUAAAAGAUGACGACGCUCGUUUUGUUUUUAUUCACAAUUCAACACACUGCACGCUAUUCCCUUGGGGAAGCUCCAUGGCUUUUCUGUGUUCGGUGUUCAAAUCGCAUGAGGGAAGUUGCUUUUUGUGUCAUUUGAUGUCGCGAUGGCAGCCAGGACCGAGCAGGGGUCUUGCAUUCAAGGUCGACAAAAGACACGCUAGACAGAAUGGAAGUAGGCUGGUGUGUAACGAGUUGAAACGAAUCGAAAGGAUGUCGAUUGCCAUCGUGCUGGCGCAGUAAUAACUUAGAAAAAGAGUCACAGUCUCGAUCGAUCCUUCUUCGUGCUGCGCCAUUAGGUUAGUCAGAACGGAGGAAGAGCAAUAGGUCACGGCUUGUUGUUAUUCGUUUGGCGGGGUCUGAUCGUGUGUUGAAGGUGCUGGCGCUCCCGGUUGUGACAAACGAAGCGAAGAAGCUGGAAAGAAGAUGGCACCGCGCUCCUAUUAGUGAUGCCCGGUCUACUACUACUUGCUCACUGUCACUUACUUUCGUUUGCUCACAGUGCUAGCGGUCCGCCGAGGUUGAGUUGUUCUUUCUUCGAGGCACCGGCCGCUUGAUUUCUUUCUUGUCUGCGCUGCACUGCUGCCUUCACCACAAGACAGAGCAGCCACGCGCGAUACUGAUGCGCGACGUAGUUUGCUUGCCAUUGGCUCCAUCUUCCGAUGAGCAUACGAGCGGACACGGCCCAUGAAGGCGGUGCUCGCGCCAUCGUGAUCGUGUGUGCGGCCUGGUGGAUAGACAUAGACAUCAAUGCGAGAGAAAUUGCGAAACUCAUGUACAUACGAAGACAAGGGCAAGCAUUCUACUUUUCGUCGUAAGUAAGCACGACGCACCCGUUUGCCGUUAUAAUUUAGCUUUUAC